CCUCCGCGCAGCCUGGGACGCGCCGCACGGGUGGCGGGGGUGCCGCGUGGGUCCCUAGGCCGGGAGGAGCGGGCGGCGUCCGGGAGAGCUGGCCCGAGGGGCCCGCCCGGCCUCCGCUGCGGCCGGCACGUCGUGGUCAGAGAAGGCCGGGCUGGGGUCCCCGUUGGGACCGCCGCCGCCCCGCCCCCGGGCUCCCCGGAGCGCGGGCGCCAAAGGGGCUGCUUUCGGGUGUUGGGCGGGCUGAGACUCGGGUCGGGAUCCCCAGGGCAAGGUCGGCGCCUGCAAGGAGGGAGGCGUUCAGGGAGUCAGGCGUAGGAGUCAGGCGUACGCCAGCUUCUGUGGGACGGUGAUCGCUUUGGGAAGUUCUGGGCAAAAACGGGUCACUUGCACCUUGUCUCCUUGUGGGCCCUCUCCCCAAGUAGUAGAGCCACACCGAGCAGCGGGCAGAGCGAGCCCAAGGAAUGCGGUGCUGCCCUGCAGGCUCGGUUCUCGAGGAGAUGCUGGUGGCCGCAGCCCCCCCGACCCCUGACCCUCCACCUGGCAAUGGGACUCGCUCCUGGAGGAGGAAGGACCAGGCGGUCCAUGCCCUUCCAUGCAGAGUGAGGGCCAGGACAGAGCAGAGCCAUGAGGCUCCUCGCCUCGGGAGACAGAUGCUUUCCAAGUGUCCUGGCUGGGGCCCUCCUCCUCAGGACAGGCUGCUGGAGGCCCUGGGGCGGGGGGGGGAGGUGGCCCAGGACAGCGGACGCACUUGACUGCCUAUGUGGGAAUGUCUGUUUGCUUCCCAGGCCCUUGCUCCAGGGAUGGCCAGGUGGGCUACAUGCCCAGAGCCUGGGCCCUCUUGCACCCAGGCCCAGUGUGCGGGGGCUUCCUGCCCCCUGCCCUCCCUCUGGCAGAGGGGCCCCUGUGAUCCGCCCCUUAGUCACCUCUAUCUGGGUAUUCUGGCUGCCUGCCCCGCCACCCCACCACCUCUGGCCUCACUCUGACCCGCCGCUACCCCUGCCCCCCCGUGACUGUAGGGCCACUUGGCCCUGUUCUUGCCCCACACUGUGAUUUCAGGGACUGUGGAGCAGUGUGGGGGCGGCAGACCGGACUCUACACUGUGUUCCUGCAGCAGAACACUGUGCCCCUGACCUUUGGGACUAAAAAGGUCAAGCUCCCUGUGUGAGAUGGAACAUUCUGCCCUCCACCUGGUAGCAGGAAUGCCGCUAGGGUAGGGCUAGGCUAGGGAGGCGCCUCAGGCCUCUGACCCCCUCACUGGCAUGGGACACUGGGAAGGGGUCCCAAGGAGGUGUGGAGCUGGGGUCUCAGGAAUCAGAAAGCAAGGCCCAGAGACAUCCCUGGGAGCUAGUGGGCCCAGCAAGCACCCCCAGCACCUCCAUUUUCUGCCCACCUCCCUUCCUGGGCUGGGACCCAGAUGCCCUCCGUCUUUGGUGGGCGGGAUCUGAAGAGGGCCCGCCCCUGCCCAGCCCACCCCCAAGCCCUCUGCACCCACCUCUUCUGCCAGUCCUGAGCAGGAAGGUGCGGGGAGCACACCCCUGGGGAGGGGGACCUGCCAGGUGGGCCCAUAAAGAGGUGAGUAUCUGAGACCACAGCGACAAUGAGCACUUACUUCUCCGUCCCCGCUGACAUGGGGCCUUGGUCUGCCCUGUGGGUGAUGCUCAUCUUGCUUAAAGGCCAGACCUCAAACACCCAGCCAGGCAUGAUCUCCGUCUUACAGAGUUUCCAGGAAGACCAGGUCUGGGGGCCGGGUUGGAGGGGGAGAAAGCCAGGGUCCAAGUGCAGGGAGAAAGGAGGGCCAUGGUGGCCGGGGAAGGCACCACCCGGGGAACCCAGCGUGGCCAGCCUGGUCUCAGUGUCCUCCCCAGAGAUUCCUGACAUCCAGCAGAAAAGGGCCCCGAACAGACCUUCUGGGCAGCCGCUCCCUCCUGUAGCCCCUGCCAGUCCCCGUGAGGUGGGGACGUCUCAGUCCCUCCGCACAGAUGGGGAAACAGGCUGGACAAGACCAGCCACCAGGCCAGGUCACUCUGUCCCUGCCAGACCCAGGGCAGCCCCCGGCUUGGCGCAGGCACAGGCUGCCUGGCGAGGGUGUCAGGGCUGCCCUGGGCUCUGCCGACUCCGGGUCCCCACAGUUCCAGGGGGAAUGGUUUGUUGUCGGCCUGGCGGGCAGCACCCACAGGAAGACAGACAGUUCCUUGCUGAGCCCGUUCACUGCGACAUUCGAGAAGAAUGGAAACGGCAGCCUUAAAGUGUCACAUGCCAUGACUCGGGGCCACCGCUGUAUCACCUGGUCUUAUGUGCUGAUCGCAGCGGCCCAGCCUGGGGGCUUCUCAGUGGACAACACAGCGGCGCCCGGGAAAGGCCCCGAGGAGGUCCAGGUGCACGACACUGACUACAGCGUGUUCGCUCUGAUGCUGUCCAGGAGACGGUCGGGCGGUCAGAGCGUCCUCACGGUCAGCCUGCUGUGCAGGACGUGGGUGAUACGGACCCGGGUGCUGGAGAAGUUCGUCCACCUGGUCAGAGCUCAGGGCCUCUCGGAUAACAACGUCGUCUUCCCGGACUUGGCCGGUCCCGGGCUCUCAGGCUGGGGCGGGAGCCCGGACCCAGCGUAGGUAGCUGCCCAUGGGCCUCAAAAGCCCUGUGGGAGCC